CAAAAUUUCUAAUGUACAAUUUUUAAUGCAAAAUUCAAAAUUAAAAUAUUAAAGUUUCAAAACUUUUUCAAUAAAAAUUUAGAAAUUAUCAUAUUUAAGUAUUAUUCUAUGUUAUAUAGUUUAAUUUUAAACUAUAUUAUUAUAUAAUAUCAAUGUCUAGUAAACGAGAUUUCAUAUUCAUACGAUUUAUGAUCAUUUGUAUCUUAUUAUUACCAAAAAGAGUUUAACCAUUGAUCACAAAAUUUUAAUGUGAGACAUUUAACGUUUUUAAUAAUUUAUAGUCGUUUUAAAAAUUCAAAUAUAGCAUAUAAAAAAAUUAAUGUUUUAUUAUAUGGUUAAUGUAGUUGUUUAAUAUCUUUUAAUAAUAUAAAAUUAAACAAAAAAUAGCUAAGAUACAAAAAUUAUUAUCAAAUAUUUGUUAUUCAUAAUUAUUAAUUGUCAUAUAUAUGUUAAUCAUAUUAGGCAAUUCCGUAGCUUUUAUUUAAAGAAAAUGCGAGAAUAUUUUUUUGUACAUUAAUUUACAUUAUUCCUUAAGUCAAACACAUACACUAUUGAAGUACACUGAGAAAACGGUUAUGGGCGUGGAUUAUGGGUGCAAGGUUUUUUAAAUGAUGUUAAUAGGGCCUGUUUCUGAUGUUUUUGUGAAGUUGAAAAUGUUCGGUAUGGAGUGGACUCAACAGUUAAUGCAAAUAUGGAGUGUUUAUUUUGAUCAAGACAAUUGUAUGGAUAUUUCUCAGUCGUGGUCUUUGUGGAAAUUUAUGCUGAUACAAAUGAUAUUUCUUAAGUACUCUUGGGUCGUCUCGUUAUGUGUUGUUCAAGAUGGUUAUAAUAAUGGUUCUCGGAGUGUGACUUUAACCAAAGGUGUGAUGGAUUUAUAUAGGGGUGUUACAGGUGCAUUAAUCACCUUGAUAUGGUGUUCAUGGAAAUCUGGAAUUGUUUGGUUUUUGGGUGGCAUUGUACCUGAAUCCUCUAGCUCGUAUGAGCAAUUCAAUCACUUUUAUAUAUGAAAAUACUAAGUUGGAAUUGCAGAGGACUUGGAAGUCAUUGGACCAUAAGUUAUCUCAAGGAAAUACGUCAUAAACAUAAACCAGAUUUUUUAUUUCUCUCAGAGACUAAACAGGAGUUUGAAUUUGUUCAAAAAUUUCAAUCUCACUUUGGAUAUGAUAAUCUGGUCACUGUGGAUCCGAACGGGAGGAGUGGUGGUUUAGCUCUCUUCUAUAACAACGAGUACCAAGUAAAGAUCUUAUAUUCUAGUAACAGAAUGAUUGAUAUAGAAGCAGUGACUAAUGGGAAACAAGUCUUCCUUACUUUUGUUUAUGGAGAUCCGGUUCAAACGCUUAGAGAACAAGUAUGGGAAAGAUUAACUCGGUAUGGGCUAGCACGAUCUGAACCUUGGUUUAUUAUUGGGGAUCUAAAUGAGAUAACUGGGAAUCAUGAAAAGGAUGGGGGGGGCUCUACGCAAUGCAGCUUCUUUUAUUCCUUUUAAUAAUAUGAUAAGGAAUAGUGGUUUACUGGAAUUUCCGGCUCGGGGUAAUAAGAUGUCAUGGCAAGGACGAAGAGGCAAAGGGAAAGGAGCAUUUACGGUUAGAUGUCGAUUGGAUAGAGCCUUGGCUAAUGAGGAAUGGCAUACACUUUUCCCAUAUUCUUAUACAGAAUAUCUGAGACUGGUGGGAUCGGAUCAUAGACCUGUGGUAGCUUUUUUGGACGAUAAGGUUACAGGACGGAAAAGAGGACAAUUCAGGUUUGAUAAGCGAUGGAUUGGCCAAGAAGGACUCAUGGAAUCAAUUGUAUCGGGGUGGACAGAAAAUCAGGAAAGCCUUUCUGAAGAUUUUAUGACAAAGAUUAAUAAUUGUCGUCAUGAAAUUUCAUCAUGGCGGAAAAAUAAUCAACCAUAUGGGAAGGACAAAAUUCAUAAUCUCCAAAACGCGCUGAAAGAAGUACAAACAGAUAAUAAUAGGUCACAAGAGGAAAUUAUUGAGAUUUCCAGGAAAUUACAAGAGGCAUAUAAGGAUGAAGAGGAAUAUUGGCACCAGAAGAGUAGAAAUAUGUGGUAUUCAUCUGGGGACCUAAAUACUAAGCUUUAUCAUGCUUUGACAAAGCAACGUCGGAUCCGAAACAAAAUAGUGGGUCUCCAUGAUGAAGCGGGUAAUUGGAUUACAGAAGAGAACGGUAUUGAGAAAGUGGCAGUGGAUUACUUUGCUGGUUUGUUUAGUUCAACUAACCCAAGGGAGUUUGAUAGUUUUUUGGAGGAAAUAGGUCCAUCAAUUUCCCCCCAGAUGAAUCAAUUGUUACUGCGAAGAGCUACGGAGGAAGAAGUUCGACAAGCACUAUUUAUGAUGCAUCCGGAGAAAGCGCCUGGCCCAGAUGGAAUGACGGCCCUCUUUUUCCAACACUCCUGGAAUGUCGUUAAGAAGGAUGUGGUUGAGUUGGUCAAUAAUUUUUUGGUCACAGGAGAUAUGGAUUCACGGUUAAACAUAACAAACAUUUGCAUGAUCCCAAAAAUAGAGAGACCUACAAGGAUGACGGAACUAAGACCGAUAAGCCUAUGUAACGUUGGUUACAAGAUCAUUUCGAAAGUUUUAUGUCAAAGAUUGAAAAUUUGUCUUCCCCAUCUAAUUUCGGAGACGCAAUCGGCUUUUGUGGCAGGAAGGUUAAUAUCGGAUAAUAUUCUCAUUGCGCAGGAAAUGUUCCAUGGUUUGCGAACCAACAAAUCUUGUCAAAAUAAGUUUAUGGCAAUUAAAACGGAUAUGAGUAAGGCAUAUGAUCGGAUAGAGUGGAAUUUUAUAGAGGCCUUACUUAAUAAAAUGGGAUUUGAUCCGCAUUGGGUUAAAUUAAUGCGAGAGUGUAUAUCUUCAGUUCAAUAUAGAGUUUUACUCAAUGGGCAGCCACGAGGUCUCAUUAUACCUCAGCGGGGACUACGGCAGGGGGAUCCAUUAUCUCCUUAUUUAUUUAUUAUAUGUACAGAGGCUCUAAUUAUGAAUAUAAAAAAGGCAGAGCGGAUGAAACAAUUGACCGGUAUGAAGGUAGCCAGAGCGUGUCCAGCUAUCUCUCACUUGCUAUUUGCAGAUGAUAGUUUGUUCUUUUGCAAGGCAAACAAAGAAGAGUGCCACACUAUUCUUAGGAUACUAAAGGAUUAUGAGGCUGUAUCAGGACAACAAAUUAAUUUUCAAAAAUCCUCAAUUCAAUUUGGACAUAAGAUUGAGGAAUCAAGCCGUCAGGAAUUGCGAGAUAUAUUGGGAAUUCAGAAUUUAGGAGGAAUGGGUUCUUAUUUAGGUCUGCCGGAAAGUUUAGGAGGAUCCAAGGUUCAAGUGUUUGGUUUUGUACAAGAUCGUCUGAAUAAUAGGGUGAAUGGUUGGACCUUUAGAUUUUUCACUAAAGGGGGAAAAGAGGUGAUUAUUAAGUCUGUGAUAACUGCGCUACCAAACCAUGUGAUGUCCGUGUAUCGGUUACCGAAAGCUACAGUGAAGAAACUAACGAGUGCGGUAGCCCAGUUUUGGUGGAGUCCAGGAGGAAGCACACGAGGUAUGCAUUGGAAAUCAUGGGAUAAAUUGUGUGAACAUAAGGAUAAUGGUGGGUUAGGGUUCAAGGAUCUGAAUGAUUUUAAUACGGCAAUGCUUGGAAAGCAAUUGUGGAGGCUGAUCGAGAAGCCAAAUUCUCUUUUCUCUCGAGUUUUCAAAGGACGGUAUUACAGGAAUGCUUCACCCCUGGAUCCGAUUCGCUCAUAUUCCCCGUCGUAUGGCUGGAGGAGUAUCACCUCUGCUAGAUCUCUGGUUUGUAAAGGACUAAUUAAAAGGGUGGGUACAGGAUCAUCUAUCUCAGUAUGGAAUGAUCCUUGGAUCCCAUCCACUCGCCCGAGACCAGCUAACAAAAAUUCUCAUCACAGUUAUUCGGACCUUACAGUGGAUUCCCUUAUUCAUCAGGAUUCCCGCACUUGGAAUUUACAGGCACUUAGGACUUUGGUGGAGCCUAACGAUGCAAAGUUGAUUGAAAGUAUUCCUCUGAGUAGAAAUCAGAUGGAAGAUAGGAAUGGUUGGCAUUUCACUAAUAAUGGGAAAUAUUCGGUACAAUCAGGGUAUCAAGUAGAAAGGAUCUAUCCUGACAAGGAAAAACCACCAGAUUUUUAUGGUCCCAAUGUGGAUAUACUCAAGGCAUUUUGUUGGAAAGUGAAGUGUCCUCCAAAACUACGGCAUUUUCUAUGGCAGUUGGUGACAGGUUGUAUAGCAGUGACAAAGAAUCUAAAAUCUAGGGGAAUACAAGGAGAUACAGUUUGUGCACGGUGUGGAGACGCAGAGGAAUCAAUAAAUCAUGUCUUCUUUGAGUGUCCUCCGGCACGGCAAGUGUGGGCACUAUCUAAGAUUCCAUCAAAUCCAAAUUUUUUUCCAACUGGUUCUCUUUUUACUAAUAUGGAUCAUUUAUUUUGGAGAGUUAACCCAAAAAUGGAGGAUCAUCAGUUUGCAUGGAUACUAUGGUAUAUUUGGAAGGGCCGGAAUAAUAAAGUUUUCAGUAAUAUUGAUAUUGAACCGAGAGAGACGCUAAACUUAGCAGAAUUGGAGUCAAGACUUUGGGCUGAGGCACAAAAUAUCAAUAAUCCAAGGGUCGUACCUGAAGUACAGCUUAGAUUGCCCUUAGUGACCACAGGAAGAUGGUGUUUCACGGAUGGGUCUUGGAAAGAUAAAGAUGUUUUUUCAGGACAAGGUUGGCUCAGUACCCUUCCAGGGUUUGAGGGUUUGUUAGGGGCAAAGAAUGUAAGGGCAAGUUUAUCACCUCUUCAUGCGGAGAUAGAGGCAUUGACUUGGGCAAUGGAAUGUAUGAAAAACUUAAGACAAUAUCAGGUCACAUUUGCAACGGAUUGUUCUCAACUGGUGAAGAUGGUUUCAGAACCAGAGGAAUGGCCAGCAUUUGGAAGUUACCUGGAGGAUAUCAAGCUUUUGAGAAGAAGCUUCAUCAACUCAGAAAUUGUUCAUGUUUCGAGGACAGACAAUAAAAUGGCGGAUCGCUUGGCACGCAGUGCUCGGAUACAACCGUCGUUCGUCAUACACAUGGAUGCAGAGUUGUCACUAUGGUUUACGGAGUCUAUAUGAGUCUGUAAAUGUUCUUGCUGUCAAAAAAAAAAAAAAAAGUUAGUUUAAUAAAAAUUAUAAUAUAAAUUAAGAUAAACCAACAUCUUUCUUUAAAAAUUCUGAAUUUUAUUCUCAUUGUGACAUGUGAGUACAAAAUAUUGUUGUAGUGUUUCUCAACUAAUAUAUUAAAAAUGAUAUCUAGCAUUUAUUAAUAGCUAUGUUAAGUAAAUAAAAUUUCAACUAUAUAUUUAUAUAUAUAUAUAUAUAUAAACUUAUUAAACAUGUCAUUUUAGUACUCAAUGGGAUCACAUUUUCCAAUAAUAAUAAUAAUAAUAUAACAAAUAUAUUUAUUUAAUAUUCAAUGUUAGAUCUCAUUUUGCAAUAUAUAUAUGAAACAUAUCAUUUUAGUAUUAAAUAUUAGAUCUCAUUUUGCAUAUAUAUAUAUACAUAUAUAUCAAACAUGUCAUUUAGGUAUUUAAUGUAAUAUCACAUUUAACAGUAUAUAUAUAUAUAGGUAGAUAUACAAAGUAUUAAACUACAAUCAUAAAAUGUCUGGCCAAGAAAUUCCAGAACGUUCAAAGCAACAAAGUUCCAUGACUAGAUCGCCGAGAGAACCUCCAUGUGAUCUCAAUGAAAAUGGUUUACCAUUAAGACCUCAUCAAACCAUUUGCCCACAUUACAAUAGGUUCGGCCUCUGUAAACUUGGACCAACUUGUAGAUUCGAUCAUUCUACCAAACCACCCUCCUCAGACAGCAAACAAUAAAAUUGAAAGUGAUGUACAAAAUCAGUGUUUCAAUAUUGUUAUAUGCAAAUUCAGUUUCUUUUGUUUUGAUGCAAAGUUUAUUUGACUAGUAUACCUGAAUAAUAUUAAAGUAUGUUAUACAUUUUAGGAUCAACUUGAUCACCAUGGAACCGAAUCUUCAUAUCAUGUAAACAACUAUCUUAAGAUCCGCGCAAUUACGCGGGAUGAAUGUUAUAUAUACAACUAAUUUUUAUCUAUUA